AUGGUUUUUGAAACGAAGUUUCAAACAUUUUAUGUUUCUGAAUGGUGCAUUGCAUGUGCCUUGUUGGUAGUAUACUUUGGGUUGUCAUAUGGCCUGUAUGUUCCAGAUUGGAAAUUCGAGUUACUGAGCUCAACUUCUAUGCCUCCCACAAAUGGAAGCUUUGUUUACACUGUGACAUGUUCCACAAGAGGAGAUCAUGGACCUGCCUGUAAUGCUGCUGCAAUGAUAGAUCGUUGUGUUCUUGGUCUUAAUCAUCUAUAUACAAAACCUGUUUGUAAAAACUUGAAGGAAUGCAAUAUUUCCAGCAUUGGCCAAAUUUCAGAUAAUUCACCGUCAUGGUGUCAUACUCCUUUUGAUCUUGAAGGUAUAUUAAGUUCCUUGACAGCUGCUGUGACGUGCAUAAUUGGACUUCAGUAUGGCCACAUUCUUGGACAAUUACAGGUAAGACAUCUUUGCACCGAUUGAUUGUUCCCUUGUUCUCUACUUUUUAAUGAUGAAUGGCCAUAUGUUCUUUACUUUUAAAUGAUAAAUGGCCAUAUGUUUAAUGAUGACUAUCCUUUUUCUCCUUAUUAUUUUUACUUUUUAAGAAGACA